AUGGCGGCGCCCAGCGAGUCGAGCACGGAGGUCUCGUUAAGAUCUCCAGAGGGGACCCCCAGUAAAGUUCGAGAUCUGAUAAACGAGGGGAUCGUUAACGAGGAUAAUGGCACCAGAAAAGAAGCCCCUGUUUCAGCAGAAGAAAGCAAUGACUUUGAAGGAUCAUCAGACGCGAAUCCUAGCGAGACCACGAGUAAAGAUGCGUUCUUCAGUAGAGUGGAAUCUUUCUCAUCAUUGACCUGGGCAGGAAAGCCUCCAGAGCUGUCCCCUCUUGUCUGUGCCGGUUUCGGAUGGUCCAACAUCUCGUGUGACAUGUUGAAGUGCUCCAGCUGUCUCGCCUAUCUCUGUGCCAGCCUGCAACCAACCUUAGAUGUCAUCAAAUACAAGGAGCGCUGUGCGGAAUUGCAGGAAUCGCUGAAGAACGCGCAUAAGAAGUACUGCUUCUGGCCUGAUAAUCCGUGCCCAGAUCAUUACUGGACUCUUAUGGUCACAGAGCCAUCUGCCGUGCUGAGUGAAUUUGUGGAGCGUUUCCAGAACCUUUGUCACCUAGAAAUGCAGCUUCCACCCCUCAAUCCCGAGGACUUGAAUAACAUGGGACUCACUAAGGACAUCGUGAGUUUACUUCUCCAACUCAUAGAUGAUGAGAUGAAACCUAAGGAUGCCAGGGAAAAUCUGUCUGCUACCCUGCCCACUGAUUCUUUACGAGUCCAUAUAGCUGCCUGUAUCCUGGCACUCUGUGGAUGGAACAGAAGCCCAUCAUCUCUGUCCCAGCCUCUCUCUGUCGUAUAUUGUAAACAGUGUACGAGGAAGGUUGGCCUGUGGAGUUUCAAGCAGCUGGACACUGUAGACACUGACACAUCCCCAGGGACUCCUGUCACUCCGGUGUCUCCAGGAGAAGGGCAAAGCGAUCGAACACCCUUGGGUGUUAUGAACCCAAACAGGAGAGUCACUCGCAGCCAGGACAUUGAACAGAGCCCUUCUAUGGUCUACACACGAAAACGCAGCUGGGAACUUUCAAGCCCGGCAGAAUCUGAGGCGUUCAGAAGUCGUCCAGUGACCCGCAGCAUGGGGCAAGAUGCUCCAGAACCGGGUUCCAGUCCAUAUCGGAAAGUCAAGAGGCUCCGUCUCUGUUCAAGCAGCAGCUCAGACACAUCUCCCAGGGUUUGCUUUGACCCUUUGUAUCAGCACAGGCGCUGGUGUCCAUGGGUAACCGUGUACAAGACAGGCACAGCAAAAGAGACUGAUACCGUGAGCACUAAAGAGACGGAAAGGGCAAUGGAAUGUGGCUGGAAAGAAAUAUUACAAGUGCUGCUGGCAGAUGUCAAAUCCAGAUCCCUCACUGAGCAAGACUCCUCGAGUGUAUCAGAAAAGUCCAGCAAGAUCUUCAGGCUCUUUCGGCAGUGGCAGACCAUCACUUCAUCAUAAAAACCACUGGAUACAUAAUCUGACCUCUUUUCAGUGUCCCUGAUACUGUAUAUACCUGACUGUAUUGUGCAGCCUCCAGUUUCUGGCAUCUACAAAGUUGUCUGGACUCCAGUGCACCUAACAGAACUGUAUUGUGUAAGACAAGUUUGCGUUUGCCUUGAUGCCAUGGCAUUAAUGACAUGGCUGAUAUGCUGACCUCCUAUAUUAAGAAGUUGAAAAUUAAAUACAGAGGCUUGAUGUUGGAAAAUCCCCAUCCUUUAUUUGCAUACCAAUAAAUGACAACUGGAGAAGCUGGUGGCUUUAAA